AUGAACAUGCCGCGAGCGCAUGCCGCCGACGAUCAAGACACCCUCUCUGCGCCGCCCUACGCCGCCGCGGGCAGGAGCAGAUGGACAGUGAGAAAUGAGAAACAAAAGCGGCACAUGCAGCUCCUGCGACGAAGCCAGGACAGGGACAACAUUGACUCCGCUCGGAGGCCCGCUCGUGCUCGCCUGGGGCCUCCGCAGGGGGCCCCGGCCCCGGGCGCGCAGAGCGGCGCUGCCCGGCGCCCGCCCCUGCGGCGCGCUCCGCGCGCCGCCCCGGCGGAAGCUCGGGUGCGAGGGGGAUUCCCAGUCUGCGUCUGCGGGGGCUUUGCAAUCUUCGGUUCUCC